CUUUAAAAAGAAGUUGUCUGAACAUUGGAGGGCCACAGCACCUUGCUGAAAGCUACACUUCUCUCUCACCUGGAGGAAUAAACCUAGAAAGCUCAAAAUGUGUGAUGCUUUUGUAGGUACCUGGAAACUUGUCUCCAGUGAGAACUUUGACGAUUACAUGAAAGAAGUGGGAGUGGGCUUCGCCACCAGGAAAGUGGCUGGCAUGGCCAAACCCAACAUGAUCAUCAGUGUGAAUGGGGAUGUGAUCACCAUUAAAUCAGAGAGCACCUUUAAAAACACUGAGAUUUCCUUCAAACUGGGCCAGGAAUUUGAUGAAGUCACCGCAGAUGACAGGAAAGUCAAGAGCAUCAUAACCCUAGAUGGUGGUGCCCUGGUCCAGGUGCAGAAGUGGGAUGGAAAAUCAACCACCAUAAAGAGAAAACGGGAGGGCGAUAAACUGGUGGUGGAAUGCAUCAUGAAAGGCGUCACUUCCACCAGAAUUUAUGAAAGAGCAUAAGCCCGGGGACACUGAGCUGGACUGAAGUUUGCAUUGAAUUCUACGACAUUCUGUUGGAAGUAUUGUUUAAACAGAUAUUGUUAUUUUUCACUAAUUAGCAAGGAACUAAUUUUCCCCCAAGCUGAUUUUUUUGCCUGUGGUUGUGUUGAUUAAAUAAAAAUUUUUAGAUUUAGAAGGUGAUGUAAUAAUUCAUUUUACUGGAUAAUUUUGUACCUACAAUGACUGGGUGAAGGAAAUAGAAAAAUCCCAUCAUUGCUUUGUUUCUCACAUAAGAAUAAGAUUUUUCAUAAUAAUGCAAAGUAAAAAAAUUACUAUCCAUGAAAUUCCCUAGGUAGGAGAUAAGAAGUAUGUAACAUGAUUGAAUAUUAGAUCCUUCUUUAAUGUAUCUGCAAUUAACUAUCUCUAAGAGACCUUAGGGUAAUUAUGAGCAUAGUCGAAUUGUCCACAUCCAGCUGGCCCACAUUUCAUAUCCACCCUGUCCUAGAACAUUGGAAGAUAGCAGUACAUACAAUACAUGUUAUAGAAAUCUCCAGUCUACAAUUUGUAGUCUGAAAGUUUAUUGGCAAACCAAGUGUCUUAGUCUUCCAUUACUAUAAUAAAGCACCACAGAUUUAUUUAGCUCACAGUUUUGGAGGCAGGAAGUCCAAUAUUGGGAGACCCCAUUCAGUUGGCCCCUAGUGAGGAUCUCACUGUGUAUUUAUCAUGUAGAAGUGCAUGUGAGAGGAAACGAGCCCAUGAUGAGACAGGAAGCCAGAUUGUAGCACGGGGUCAGUCUUCAUCUUUUACAACAAGCCACUCUCAUGAGCACUAACUAGAGUCCCCUAAUGCCUUCUGAGGGAAGCACCUUUGAUGAUCUCAUCAUCUUCCUAGGUUCUACCUCUUAAAGCUUCCACCAUCCUAACACUGCCAUACUCAGGACCAAGCUUCCCAUACACAAACCUUUGUGGGAAACAAACAAUAUCCAAAUGAUGGCACCAGGCUAGCUGAGGAAUUUCUGCAGAAUUCAUUCCAGAAAAAUGAUGACUGUGUUGUUCAUGAAUAAAGAUUUAAAUGUCA